GGUCCCGGCAGGUGAUAGAAUAAUAACGGGGCUGCUGUCCAUCCUGUGUGCCGGUGUGUAACCUCGGUGUGGCCGCGGGCUGGAGCGGCAGUGGGCGCCUCGCUGGUAGCAGGAUUGCCCGCUGAGCCCUCCUUAAUAAUCGAUCCCUGCUGGACGACUGAGACUUUGCAGAAAAGCCUCCAGCGUCACGAUUGUAGCCGCAAAAAUUGAAGUUGUGAAUCAUGGGGAACAUUUUUGGGAAUUUGCUGAAAAGCCUCAUAGGAAAGAAGGAGAUGAGGAUUCUGAUGGUGGGGCUGGACGCAGCUGGAAAAACGACAAUCCUCUAUAAGCUCAAACUGGGGGAAAUAGUCACCACGAUCCCAACAAUUGGGUUUAAUGUGGAGACGGUGGAGUACAAGAACAUCAGCUUCACUGUGUGGGACGUAGGUGGGCAGGACAAGAUCCGUCCCCUCUGGAGACACUACUUUCAAAACACACAGGGUCUAAUCUUUGUGGUGGACAGUAACGACAGAGAGCGUGUGAACGAAGCACGAGAGGAGCUGAUGAGGAUGCUGGCUGAGGAUGAACUGAGAGAUGCAGUGCUCCUUGUGUUUGCUAAUAAACAGGACUUACCGAAUGCCAUGAAUGCUGCUGAGAUCACAGAUAAGUUGGGCUUACACUCUCUGCGUCACCGUAACUGGUACAUCCAGGCCACCUGCGCCACCAGCGGCGACGGCCUCUACGAGGGCCUUGAUUGGCUGGCCAAUCAACUCAAGAACAAAAAAUAAGAAGAAAAGUGGAAAAGGCAGCCAGCAGCGACACCCAUCCGACUCUCUAUUUGUUUUGGGGAUGGGGUGCGGGGGGAGGUUCAGGGGUUAUGAUUGAUCGGUGUGAAGCAAGAUUCUGGGUCUGGGGGAGAUUUCAUUUUUUAUUCUGAUCCUAAUAGUUUUCAGCCGUUAUUGAAAACGGAUUCUCAUGUUCAUCUUUAAACACACACACACACAAACACACUCAGAUGCACACUAACCGUUAGCAAUCACAGCAGACACUUGCUUUUCCUCCGUCCACCUCUCGUCUUUAGGUGCAAUGUACUGUAUGUUAGUCUCUAGGUGCUGUGCCGAGUUAUGUGUGACUCCACUGAGUCAGCAAUCCGUCAAAUAUGACUUUGUUGAUGUUUGUUUUUCAACUGUCAGUCGUCCAUUCAAAGAACUGUUCUGUGUCAGUUGCACUUCAUGUUGUUUUUUUGUUUUUCUAAUCUAUUCCUGCGAGGUAACAGAGCCAUGUUUGAGAACAAUCACCACUGGCAGAUUCAUGUCACCAUAAUUCAUUUUAAUAGUUUGAUCCCCCUUUUGAGUUUGCGAGCAAAGCUGAGGCACUUUGACGCUCAGAUUUAGCGCAUACACGUGCAUGCACACAUACUGUGUGUUUAUGCGAGCAGCCUGGACAGUAUUGAUCAGUACUGGGUUUCCCCUUCCUAUCACACAUCCUCUUACUGCCACAUUUUGGAAAUCUUUUGAUAUCUGUGGUGUGUUUCUACUCCCCGCGUGGCAACCCAAAGCGUCGAAGCCGCCCUUUUUAAAUAUUUUAAAACGCGCAACACGUCCUCGAUUGUCUGACCUGCAUGCAUCCUGCUGCCGUCCUCCAUCCUGAGAGCUGCGUAGAUGUUGAUGCUCAUCGUGUUCUGGUGCUGUUUACAACUAACUGAACCACAUCAGGUGGCAACAUUUGCUAGAAAAAAAACACCCCUAUAAUCAGCUGUAUGAUCUGCGCUUGAACUCGGCACAGAUGCUGCUGCUUGUCUACCUUCUUGUGUGCCCAUACGAGUACUCAAACUGCAUCAGGUUGCUCUUGCUUGCGUGUUUUUUGUCUCAAACCUGCAUAUCGGGGGUUGGUUCUGUUCUUCUGUGUUACUGAAUGUGAAUAUUGUCGAUGAAUCUAUAAAUGGCUGUAAUGAUGUUUAUCUGACAUGCAUAGUCCAUCAUUCCAGUGAUGUGUCUGCAUAAUAACGUGAAAGAAAGCAGGGUAAGCAGAUCAAUACGUCGGUGGUGUUGUUUGCAGAUAUUCAUCAGCACGUCCACGACUCACCUUUGAACAGCAGACGAAUUACUCCGUCAGAAGCUGAUACCAGCAGAAUCCACAGACUUCUGUUAAUAAAAGUAUUUCUUUGUGCCAUACACGGGCACUUCUGCUCAUAUAAUGGUAACAGUGCAACAUACUGUGCAUCCACUCUACCAACUUAGCAGUGCAUUGUUCAUAUUCAGCAUCUAUGUUAAGUCAUGAGUUUGAUCAUUUGGUUUUCGUGGCCUUAUAUUUAGUGAUGACUUCUGAUUGAUUUCCUCUCGGCUAGUUCAGUCCUGAUUUCGAGUCACAUAUAUUUAUCUAUAAAGAAUGAUUUGUAGAUUUAUUCCUCUAUGCCCUCAACCGGCAUUUUUUUCUUUUCUUACACCACAGAUCACGAUGAUAAGCAGAGGUUUUGAUGUAUAGUACGUUUUGUUUUUGCCAGUAUACUUGAUUCAUAUUUGGUGGUAGAUUUUCUUGGUUUUUCUUUGGGGUCUAAAGAAACUUUGGUGUAGAUUGUGUCUGUGAAACAACAAUAAUCAGUGCGGAAUUAAAAAAAUAAAUAAAAAUAAAAAACUUCUGAUGAUUCAUUCUGUACCGUUAUAGUUACACAAGUAGUUUUAAAAACGGUGACGACCACGUUUCAAUGCUGAGUGCAUGGAGACAUCUGUAUGUGCUGUAAGACAACAAGAUCCUGCUGUAUUACAAAUAAACCCAUUUUCUGUA